AUGGCCUUGUCUACAGGUCAUGUCGCAGGACAGCUGCGACACUUGAUUUACUAUCAUCUCGACAACAACCUCAUCCGAAAUGCGCUCUUCCUUGCCGCUCGCCUCCACGCUUUCGAACCACGAUCUUUCGAGGCGCAAUACCUUCUGGCUCUUUGUCACUUGCACAACGGGGAGGUGAAGGCAGCCUUUGAGUGUAGCCAAGCUACCGGGUCUCGAGGCCUGCACGCCGGCUGCGCCUAUAUCUACGCGCAGGCUUGCCUUGAUCUGGGAAAAUAUCUAGAUGGUGUUUCAGCAUUGGAACGAAGCAAAAAUCUGUGGGCCUCUAAGAAUAACUGGAAUAAACAUAGCGAAACACAACGGCAGCACUUGCCCGAUGCGGCUGCGGUUUAUUGUCUGCAAGCAAAGCUGUUUCAUGCCCAGAAAGACUUGACCAGAGCAGUUGAUUGCUAUGUGGAAUCGCUAAAGCUGAACCCAUUCAUGUGGGAUGCAUUCCUAGGUUUAAGCGCAACGGGUGUCAAUAUCAGAGUCCCUAAUAUCUUUCAACUCAGCCCUGAACUUCUCGCUAUGAUAUCUUCUUCCCCAGAUGAGUUGGACACAUUAUCCGAACACUUCAGUCCCACCGAAGCGUCAUUCCCGGUACAAAGCACCGGGGCCCCUGGGAUCGAUCCUUUUACGGCCCCUACGUUACACAGUGAUCACGAUACUACAAAUGGUAGUUCUGCUCUCUGGGAGAAGCUCAACCUGAGCUCGGUUAACGUUACAUCCAUGCCACAACCAAUUAUCCACGAAGGAAUGGAAACCCCCGGCACUCAGAGCAGCGGAUCGGAUGAGUUUCGCAUCGCAAACGGCGUCGGUGAUCCAGAAUCAAACUGGGAACCACCAUUGGCACCAGCUAGAAAAUUCCGCACAAUGCAGGCAAUGAGCUUGGAUCACACUGCUCAAGCAGGACAAAAAAUGCGACCAACUGGCAUCCGUCCUCGACCAAAAUCAAGAACAGAACCAGAAGAGCCACCAUUCGCGCCAUCUGAAAGAGAGCCUCCACCAGCACCACGGAUUGGCGAUCGUAAACGCACUGUUUCUGGUCAAGUCGCUCACCCUCUUCCUCCGCAGCCAACAGAACCAGGCGCUCCUCAACGUCGCAGUGUGCGCCUCUUCAAUCAAAUCAAACCCACCACAAAAUUGACCAGUAGCACACUGGCUGGUAGAGAUGGACGUGAAGUUAAGAAAGUAAGAAGUACGACCUCGAAGAAUCGGGUUGGACACAAUUCCACGGUUGGUCGUGUUGUUAGUGGCAACCGAAAACCGAUGGACACAUAUGACAGUGACGGGAAAGAUCACCACCGUACAACAUCCAUACCCCCUGUUCCCCCUCUGCCCAAAAAUCACGAAAAGACAAAGGAACUUGAUGCCUUGAAUUGGCUUUUGGGCCUCUUCACCAAGCUUGCAAUGGGUUAUUUUGCUCUAAGUCGAUACAAGUGUGCAGAUGCCAUCCAGCACUUCAAUUCUCUCUCACAGGGUCAGCGGGAAACACCUUGGGUCCUGGCUCAGCUUGGCCGGGCCCACUUUGAACAGGCGAUGUAUGCAGAUGCUUCAAAAUACUUCUCCAGGGUUCAAGCCUUGGCACCUUCUAGGCUUGAGGAUAUGGAAAUCUACUCGACGGUGCUCUGGCACUUAAAAAACGAUGUGGAACUGGCGUAUUUGGCACAUCAGCUGUUGGAGGUCGACCGACUCUCCCCUCAAGCCUGGUGUGCCAUUGGCAAUUCAUUCUCCCACCAAAGAGAUCAUGAUCAAGCGCUUAAGUGUUUCAAGCGUGCAACGAUGCUAGACCCUGAGUUUGCAUAUGCAUUCACUCUACAGGGACAUGAAUAUGUUGCUAAUGAAGAGUAUGACAAGGCUCUUGAUGCCUACCGUCAUGGUAUCAAGGCUGAUGCCCGGCACUACAAUGCCUGGUAUGGCCUGGGCACUGUUUAUGAUAAGAUGGGCAAGUUGGACGAGGCCGAACAGCACUUCCGCAAUGCCGCGAUGAUUAACCCCACUAACGCAGUCCUCAUCUGCUGCAUUGGACUGAUCUUGGAGAAGAGUGACAAUUCCAAGACUGCGUUGAUGCACUACGAACGGGCAUGCUCCCUAGCACCACAUUCUAUCCUAGCCCGGUUCCGCAAGGCUCGUGUACUAAUGAAACUCCACGAAUACAAGUUCGCACUGGCAGAACUCAAAGUCCUCAAAGAUAUGGCUCCAGAUGAGGCAAAUGUGCAUUACCUUCUCGGCAAGUUGUACAAAAUCAUCCAUGACAAGGCCAAUGCGAUCAAGCACUUCACAACAGCCUUGAACUUAGACCCGAAGGCAAGUUAUCCUGAUACCCCCUCUAAAUGCACUCAUUUUUUAACUUGUAUACAGGCUGCACAGUUCAUCAAGGAUGCAAUGGAAUCAUUAAGUGAUGAUGACAUGGAGGAUGACGAUAUGGCAUAG